UCAACAACUGCGCCUUCAGCCGUUACUGUUAUCGACACGCCUUCUCGUUCUUGUUGCCCUGCCCCUCGGGCUCUCGCUACCUGUACACAUGCCCCGGGCAACGAAUCUCCACUCAUCUUCUCCGACUCAAUCCAAUCGGAAACCCGCAAAAACUACGUCGACGUCUUCAUGGCAUCUCUUGUUCUUCACCCUCAUCCUCCCCAUCGCCCUGGCCGCCUUUCUCUUGUGGCUCGAUCCCUUCCAGCCGGCUCACUUCCCCGCCGACGUGAUGAGCUGGAGAAUCAUUACGGCGCCGGCACGCAACGACAAGAUGAGUGAAGGAUCGGAGGCCAUGGCGGAGGGACACGUGGAGGGACCUGAAGACGUCGUUUACGAUGCGGCGACAGGUGUCAUUUAUACCGGCUGCGUAGACGGGUGGAUCAAGCGGGUUACAGUGAAGGAAUCGGCGGGCGACCCGGCGGUGGAAAGUUUGGUCCGGACCGAAGGAAGACCUCUGGGUGUUGCUUUGCACCUGGACGGUGAACUUAUCGUGGCAGACUCCGACAAGGGGCUAAUGAAAGUGACAAGAGAAAGGAAGAUUGAGCUGUUGACGGAUGAGGUUGAGGGGUUGAAGUUCAAGUUAACAGAUGGAGUGGAUGUUGCAGAAGAUGGCACCAUUUAUUUCACAGAUGCUUCUUACAAGUACAGUUUCAGUGAGUCAACGUUUGACAUGUUGGAAGGGAAGCCUCAUGGAAGACUCGUAAGCUAUGAUCCAUCAACCAACCACACCACACUUUUGGUUCCCAAUCUCUACUUUGCCAAUGGAGUUGCAGUCUCACCAGAUCAACAAUCUGUGAUCUUCUGCGAAACCAUACUGAGGAGGUGCAGGAAAUAUUACAUAAAAGGCCCCAAGAAAGGAAGCAUAGAAAAAUUUGUGGAGAAUAUGCCUGGCUAUCCUGAUAACAUUCACUAUGACGGAGAAGGCCUGUACUGGAUUGGAUUGAGUUCUUCGGCCACGUAUUCUCGGGAAUUAGCACUGAGAUACCCAGUCCUUCGGAAGGUAUUGGCAGUGAUGGUGAAGUACGGAGUAAGGCCACAUGUGAAGAAGAAUGGAGGGGUUAUUGCUGUGGACUUGGAAGGAAAACCAAUUGCCCAUUAUUAUGAUGCUGCCUUUUCACUCAUUUCAAGCGGCAUUAGAAUUGGGAAUCACUUGUACUGUGGUUCCCUUCGCUAUCCUUCCAUCAUACGUUUGGAUCUGAACAAGUUUCCUGCCCUCCCCACGACCAAACAACAUGUGUGAUGUAAAAGUGAAUUUGGUUUGUACUUUUGAUGGGAAGAAAAACCCGUUUUUGCACUGGCUUGGAAAGGUACUAGUGGUACUGCGUCUCGAAUAACAAAACCAAGCUAAGGAUGUGCGAGAGGGGUGUACUGACCUCUUUCUUCGGGAUAAGCCAAAUGGCUUCGUUGGCUAGUUUUGUCAUGCAUGUUGGGAUGUUAAUCUAGUCACUUCCUACUGUUUUUC